ACUCGGGAGAGCGCUCAGUCCGUGUCAGCUCCCGCCGCAGCCAUGGCCCUGCUGCAGCCAGCCCGGCGCCUGCUCUCCGCCGCGGCCCAGCGCCACCUCUGCCUGGCCCCCGUCGCGGCCAGAGCCAGGCUUUAGGGUUCACAUGGAGACACACACACACAUCCCUAUGUGACACACACACUCCCAUACACCUCUGUCACCCAGAGGGGGUGACUGACCUACCCAACACUCUCUGCCCUCCAUGCCUGGCUGGGCCCUGGGGAUGGACCUGCCGCUCCUGCUACCUGGCACCUUGUCUUCCUGAGGCAAUCUCCUGGUGGUCUCAUGUGGAGAUGGGACCCCCUGAUCCUAUUUUGGGGGUGACUGAAGCCUUUAAACGAGACACCAACGCUAAGAAGAUGAACCUGGGUGUUGGGGCAUACCGGGACGAUAACGGGAAGCCAUUUGUCCUGAACAGCGUCCGCAAAGCGGAGGCCCAGAUAGCUGCUAAGAAGAUGGACAAGGAGUACUUACCCAUUGCAGGGCUGGCGGAGUUCAAUAAGGCAUCAGCUGAGCUGGCACUGGGUGACACCAAUGAGGUUAUCAAGAGUGGCCGGUAUGUCACCGUGCAGACGAUUUCUGGGACUGGGUCUCUAAGAGUUGGAGCCAGUUUCUUGCAACGAUUCUUCAAGUACAGCCGUGACGUGUACCUGCCCAAACCAUCCUGGGGCAACCACACCCCCAUUUUCAGGGAUGCUGGCAUGCAGCUGCAGGCCUAUCGCUACUAUGAUCCCAAGACCUGCGGUUUUGACUUCGCUGGAGCCUUGGAUGACAUUUCGAAAAUUCCUGAGCAGAGUGUCAUUCUCUUCCACGCCUGCGCUCACAACCCCACUGGUGUGGACCCCCGACCAGAGCAAUGGAAGGAGCUGGCUGCUGUGGUGAAGAAAAGGAAUCUCUUUGCAUUCUUUGACAUGGCGUACCAGGGCUUUGCCAGCGGGGACAUAAACCGGGACUCCUGGGCUGUGCGUCAUUUUAUUGAGCAAGGCAUUAAUGUUGUUCUGUCUCAGUCCUAUGCCAAGAACAUGGGCCUUUACGGGGAGCGCGUGGGUGCCUUCUCAGUGAUCUGCAAGGAUGUGGAUGAGGCCAAGAGGGUGGAAUCCCAGCUGAAGAUCCUGAUCCGCCCCAUGUAUUCAAACCCCCCCAUCAAGGGAGCUCGUAUUGCCUCCACCAUCCUGACGAGUCCUGACCUGCGGAAGGAAUGGCUGGAAGAGGUGAAGGGGAUGGCUGACCGGAUCAUUGACAUGCGCAACCAGCUGGUGGCCAACCUCAAGAAAGAAGGCUCCUCCCACAACUGGCAACACAUCACCGACCAGAUCGGCAUGUUCUGUUACACGGGGCUGAAACCUGAGCAGGUGGAGCAACUAACCAAAGAGUUCUCCAUAUACAUGACAAAAGAUGGCCGGAUCUCCGUGGCAGGGGUCACAUCUGGCAACGUGGGUUACCUAGCUCAUGCAAUACACCAAGUCAGCAAGUAAACACGGUGGAGCAGACGGCCUUCCCUUCAACGGUCUUUGGACUUUCUGAAUCAAGAGGAAGGGGAAGUGCAUUUGCGGGGUUGGGGCAAGCAGAAUAUUUACUUUCAACCACAGCACUUGACUCUGUCGUUUAAUGUAUUUCGUGUACAAGGCCGCAGCUAGCGGCAUCAACACAUCGUAGCCAAAGCCACCUGCCCUCUCCGACAGGGAUGUCACUGCUUCCUGCUCCUCUCUUCAGAAGCAGCGUCUCGCGUUAUGCACCCUCUCCCCGACACAGGCACCCGUCAGGCUUUAAACGUCUUGGCAGAACUACUGCAUGUAGAAUGAUAGAACGCUGACCAAGAGCACUGGGCGCUGAGUGGUGUCUCUGUGCCCAUCCCUUACGUGGGAGGGGAGACGGCUUCGUAACAUAGUUCAGUUACUGUUUUUAAAUGAGCUGGAACAGGAUCAAGACCCCGUCCUCCCACUCUGAAAGGAGAUCAAGUAACACAUCAUUGUAUUCAUGUCAACAGGGAAACCUGCCCUUAUACACUGGUGGGGGUAGAGCAACAGCUGGAGUUGGGGGAGCCAGUACAGCUCUGUCAAGUUGUACAGCAUGUCCGCUUGCUUUACUCACCUCAUUCGAGGAGGGCCACUGAAGCUGAAAACACUGUAUGUAAAUGAAGGUUUUGGGAGUCUGCUCCUCAUGGGUGGUGGGGGGAGCCCCAGUUCAGGGAGGCUAGUCCCUGGUUCCACCCCUUCCGCUCCCCCCUCCAUGGCCAGAGCCCUGAGCCCCCCACCCGACCUGCUUGGAGGAGCCCCGGGCUGACAGGUAUAGUGCAGUUUGUGCCCUUACACCUGAGCCAUCGCAGCUGCACCUCCCCUCCGCAGAGUCCAAGCCACCCCCCAGGAAAAUUCAAAAGCCCUUCUCUUCCCUUCUGGAAGGAGAACCUGAGCUUGUGAUAUGCGCCAUGCGGCCUGUGGGGCCACUGAGGAGGCAGUAUGUGUUAUUCAGAUUCCCAGGUUCAUCAGGACUCUCCUUGGAGUCCAGGGAGAUUACUAAGGAACCCAGGAAGCUGAGUAGCACAUACAUCUCCUCUGCUGCCCUGGAACCUGCAUGGCGCAUAAUAAUAAGCACAAAUUUCCACCACGAAACCUGCAACAAGGGUCUGACGGCAGCAGCUGUACUAGGGGAGGUUGAGCCUCCCCUGGCCUAUUAUACCCACUGCCCAUGCUACUCCUCCCUACUGGUAGGUGUAGGGGGAGUGAACGUGGCGUGCAGGUCUUGCUUGAAAAACAGCUUUUGAUCAAAUGACCUGGAAAACCAGCUUGAGAUCCCAAAUAACCCUCUGCUGUGUGGACUUGCAUCACCAAUGUAUUUUACCAUUGCUUCUUCCUUACCUGUCAGAAUGCUACAGAUGGUGGCCUCUACCACCUUUACAGCAGUAGAAGCACGCAAGGAGAGAGCACUUUUCAGAGAGCACAUGCAUGAGGGAUAUUUAUUACACAGUUGCAAUCUAAGCCUCUGAAUGCCGCUUUUAGGGUUGGUUUUGUCUUUAACAAUUGUAGAAAGGACACAGAGGGUCUGAACUUGCUUCUGAACAAGUAAAACUGAAAAGCUUUAGGGAACUCCUGAUAUCAAAGCCUGUACAAUUCUUUCUAAUCAGGAAUCUCAUCUCUGUUCAGAAAAACUAGUGGUUCUCUUAGUGCGUGUAAGAUAGAUCAGUGUCUCUCUGGGGCUGUCAUUUCUCACUUUAAUCUUGUUUGGAAACAUGGCUUGCUUCAUUCUCUCCCUCCCAUGCCUCCCCGCCUGCCAUUCACACAGAAGUAGAGUGAUUCUUCCCACUCUAAGAUUCUGCUCUGAAAAUUGGCCCAUUCUUUCACCUGACCUGAGCGUGGUGUGUACUCUCCUGUCCCUGCUACUAGAGUGACAAUCCGCCUUAGCUGUUAAGUAUCUUAAAUUCCUGCUCUCUCUCCAGCUGGCUUCAAUUCCUUGUGCAGCAACAGACCUAAUUGGCCCUGGCUUUGAAACUUAGUUAUAUCUCUGUAACCUCCUGAAAGCAAGGAGGUUGUGCCCAGGCAUCAGGAGGGUAUACUUACCAGAACUGUCAGCACUCAUGGUCGUAUGCAGGAAGGAAAGAUCCCAGUCUGAAGGCCUGCUCAUUUAAAAACAAAAACAAAACCACCUCUCUCCUUGUAAACUCAGAGUUGUCUCUUGGCAAAUGAUCAAUAAACAUGGAACCCCAUGAUGUCUCUUCUUCCACAGUCACUCUUCAGAGUGGAAGUGGACUAUAGGGGAGUCGCAUCUUACGCGGGGGUUAGGUUCUGAAGUCCGCGCGUAAGGCGAAAAUAGUGUAUUGUCAAACGCUCAUUGAGUGGAAUGGUGGGCGGAAUCGCCCGCACUACAGGUAGGGCAUUUAAAUUAUUUUUCUCUUUUUUGUUUGGCUGAGCGUGUAUAGUUAAAAUUGUGUAAGUUAAAUGCGCCUAUGAUGCGACUCUGCUGUACUUCGAUAUUUAAUCCUGAAUAGACUCUCCGGCACGCAACCAAACCCAUAUGGAUCCCUUCCGGCUUUCCAGUGUUUGUCAGCUGAAGCCAACGCUUAAGGUUGAGCCCCUCCCCAUUUUGUCUCUUCUUCCACAGUGUAUGUCAUCUUAUAAUCAAUCAUCUGGGUUUCCAUCAUUCUCUUUCUUUUCCUCCCCCUCCCCCCCCCGUCCCAAUUUUAGAGGUAGAGGCUGCAUUUUCAGCCUUGCAUUCAAAUCUCUUGAGCUGUGUUUAAAGCCCCUGGCUUCCCAUUGAUUUGAGAGAGUUACAUGGCUAAAACUCCCAUUCACUUAUUUAAAAACUAACUGGAACAGUUUGAAUGGAAAUUGGUUGUAAGAGAUCCACAGGCCUUAAAGCAAACACACCAGUGAAGUGUUUCCGUAGUAGCUGGCAGCAUGGAGUUCUCCAUUGCUGAAGGCAGAGGCCUGAACAUGAACAUACAUGAGGUAGACCCAUGCAAGGUACUGCUGCCACCUCUGAUCCCCAUGUGUGUUCUUUUCUUCUCACUCACUCCCAGACUAAGUGGCUCCAUCUCUCUUAGAACUGUCUGUGGGCAUCUUUCCUAUUUUAGUCCCUAGAGGGCUUUUUGCUGAUCGAUAGGCAGUUGUCACUUCUGUAGUUCCUUCCUAUCACUGUUCCAUCCUGAGCAACUGAGACUAGCCUAGUCUACCCUAAGCUGCCACCGCUAUACCAAGAAGUAAAGGAGGAUUCUAGCCUGGCUCAAGGAAAGAGAAGUCGAUUGCACUUUAAUGGCAGUGGUGAUGUGUACACAUCCUCCUGCAUGGAAGUUACUGAAGCCACCUGCCCAAAGCCUUCGCUUCUCUCUGAUUCUCAGGGUGCAUCGGGUUAGGGAAUGACUGUUUUGUGCUGUGGUUCUAAGCUGCUGUGUGCUUUCAGCUCUGGUCUUCACCUUUCUAGACAAGCCAUCUGCCAUUGUCUAGUCAUUUAGGCCUUUAUGCAGCCUGUUCUCUCUGUUACAAUAAAACUACAGCUGGCGCGUAA